AUGUUACUUCUUGUCUUUGAUGAAUUGAAAGGGUUCUCGGUAAUUGCGUCUCAGAACAUCUCGACAGAAGUAUCAGUGUCAGUUAGCUGUAACACCUGUCUCUGUUCUUCAGUUACUGUUGAAAAUCAGGACAUCCUAACACUGUCACCGUCUUCCAGCGUACAGUUGUCAGUUAGUAUGUUUUUAGCUUCUGAAAAUCUGGAGAAUAAAAAUAAUUGGUUUUGCCCACAAUGUUCCCUGCACCAAGAGAGCACUAGGGAAACAAGCUUUACGAGGAAUAGCGAAAUUUUAACCUUGCACCUGAAAAGGUUUGCAAGAAAUGGAGAACAUCUGGUUAAGGACAAUAAAUCUGUUGAAAGUUUUUCCUGUUCUAAUCCCCAUCUCAAUAUCCCGAUAUCUAGUGACUCGGGCACAUCUUUUAUCCAAAAGUAUGCUUUGGUAGCUUUGAUAAAUCACUCUGGAACAUUGAAUGCAGGCCACUAUUGGGCCCAUAUCAAAGAUCGGACCACAAACUCUUGGUACCUCUGCAAUGAUAAGGCAAUAAGCAAAGUUGAUCCAAGAACGCUUAACAGCACAUAUACUCGCUGCUAG